AUGCCGUCAUCAGCUCACAAGAAUACUCGAUUCUAUUCAACCAAGACAUUUCGGCUGGUAUCGAUGAUGACAUUGACAUUUUCAUAUUUCGUCGUCGAACUUGUUGUCGGCAACAUUACCAAUUCAUUAGCAUUGGUAGCCGAUGCUUUCCACAUGCUAUCUGAUCUAAUAGCUCUUGCAAUCGGAUUAAUAGUUGUGCGGAUAGCUAAAAGACGUUCUGAUAUUAACACAUUCGGAUGGGUACGUGCUGAAGUCGUUGGUGCCAAUAUCAACUCUGUCUUCUUGUUGGCUCUUUGUUUAACAAUUAUUUUUGAUACUAUCAAACGGUACAUUCAACCGGAAUCUAUCGAGAAUCCUACUCUACUCCUCAUUGUUGGAUCGGUGGGUCUUGGAAUUAAUAUCAUUGGUCUGUUUCUAUUCCAAGGUUUUCAUGGUCAUUCACAUGGUGGUGGUAGCGAUGUUCAUGAGGCACAUGGUCAUAGCCAUAAGAGCACAGAACGUGAUCAUGGUCAUAGUCACAAACAUAAAACGAAGCGUGCACUAAGCCAUCAUGUAGAUGACAAAUCGCCGACAGAACAAGCAAAAACAGUAACUUCGAUCGGAAAGAACACGCACGAUAUUACACCGUCAAUAUCUGAUGAAAACAUCGAACCACUUGAAGUCGUUGUCACUUCCUCUGACUUCAGAAGACACAGCCUUCGAGCUCUCGACGAGGUUAUUGUCGACUGCAUNUGA